AUGCCAUCACCAACGUUAUUAUCAACAAGUUUUGAGGUUGAUUUGUUCAUUGCCGUGGGAAUUAUAAGGAAUAGAAAUAAAGAGCUAUGGAUGAAGAUAUCAGAAUCCAUUGACUUGACCCGGCGAAGUGAUAGGGUCUUGGAACCAAAAUUCGCAAAUAAGUUUGUUACACCAUCGGCGGUUAGUGCUUCGUCAAGGGAUACAAAGGAUGACAUUUUAUCUAUUGUCGAUCCUGUCAUCUACAGAAUAACAUUGAACGGUCUGUUUGUACACUUAAAGCCGGCUUAUUUCUUUCUGCGCAGGUAUAACUUCAACUCGAGGUCUUUAAGUCGUAAGCAAAGUCUAGUGGAGUCUCUUAGUCAAGAUUUAACUGACGAUGAGAUGACGAGAUGGCUUAUACCAAGUUUCAAGCAACUGAAGUGGCUUACUGCUUUGAAGGGUGAUACAGAAGAAAGAGCAGCAGAUACCAAGAUGUUAGUAAGCUGUUUUGAACUGUUACUUGUAUCCUACUACGCAUUCCAUGCGGAAGAAAAGCGUACUAGACAUAUCAUAACCCAGAAUUUGAUAUUAAAGUUCCUCAAAGACGAGCUCUUUAUCGACAGUAAUGAUAAAAGCAAACUACCAAAACUACUAAUCGACUAUGAUAGACGGAAUAGCGUCAACGCACCUUUGAUCAGCUUUUCGGCAUUGUGCGUUGAGCAAUGGCGAAUUUUGAGCAUAAUCUUGAAUUUUAAAAUUAGGCUCAAUCAUUUUGAAUUUUCCUUGGAGAUCAUUUAUUUUCUUCUAGAUAUUUUAGAAAGUUUAACCGUUUGUUUCAUCCAGAUUGGCCAAGUAGAAUUGGAAGCUCAUGCGGGAAUGAAGGUACCAGCUUAUAAAAAAUUCCAUAUGAUGAGAUCGAAACAAAUGAAUUAUAGAUUCGUGACAGCAUUUUUGAAGGCAACUCAAAAUACGACUAAGGAUACCUCUCUGAAGCGGAUUGAGAUUGCUUUGGAUAAUCUUUUUGACGUAUUUGGAAAAAUCGUGUGGACAGAUGCUAUUUUGAAUUAUGCCGAAGAAGACGGUUUGAUCGCUACAAAACUCCUCAACUAUCGAGUAUACUUACAGAGCUCUGUACUGACCACUGGAAAUUUGGAUAUUAUCCAAAAGUUUCGGAAAACGCGAUGGCCACAAAUAGAGGCAAAACAUCUAGUACACAAUGCGUGA